GGCCACGACUACGGUAUCUCGCAGGUGUCGGACGACUCGAAGGUGUUCGUGGUCGAGGGCGACCACGACACGUUCGUGCAGGGCAAGAGCUCGGCGAAGACGGUAGCGAUCAUCAACGAACUCAUCAAGGAUACGUACAAAUGCUAG